AUGCAGGGGGCCGUGGUCUCAAGGGCGGCGCUCGCCGAGAUGACCCACACCCAGGAGUCGGCUUCUCCGCUGCCGUUCGGCCCACCUGCUCUUGCUCAAGGGGCUUGGCGGCAGGCGGCAGUCAGCUCCGACACCGCCGUGCCGGAGACUUCUCAGGUUGCAGUUCGCAAUCGCAACCGGGCGGAGAUGGAGUCCCGGGCGCUCGCCCCCGAAGAUCGUCCACGUGCUCAGCCGGUGGACUACGAUCAGAACGAGGAGGAGGGCACCCGUGGGCACAUGAUCGACGCUGCCAGGGACGAUGCUCGGCAGGAUCGUUCCUUUGCUCGCUCUACGGCAAAGCUCACACCGGCACAGUUCGCCGAGCUGGCCGACUCGUACCACAACCCGGCUGGUCACGCCGCCUCGUCGGCAGCUCAGUCCUCCACGGUCGUGGUCGAAGAGGCCGAGCCGGAGAACCUGCUGGCUCCAUCAGGGGAGCCGACCUCGUUCAGGCCGCACCGCACGCCCCACGAUCGCUCCCGCUCGGGCGCAAAAUUCUCGGAAGGCCGCCAGAGAACAGGUAGCAGUUCUGCACAUGUUUUCAAUGGUGAUGUUCUUUCUUUCUCUCUCUUGCAGGUUGGUCGGGGCGCGGCGGCGACGAUGCUCAUGAUGCUGAUCUUCUUCUCUUCUUUCGCUAAGUUUUGGCUCGGCAGGAUGUUGCGGGAAGCAGCGCCAGCCGAUCGCUGGACAGCGAAGAUCCUUGCUUACCCGUGUUUCGACCAUGGGUUUCGCCAGGCGAUCGUGGCGACUCGGCUUGCGGAGAUCCCAUUCGUCCUUUCGAUGGACGCCGGGACGCCCGAGCAGUUCGCCGCAAUGUCUCUCAACUGGACGGCCAGCUCGGCUAAGUCGGAGCACGACCUCCUGGCUCCAAGGACCCAAAUGCUCGAGCAGUAUUGGGUGUUCGUAAAGGCAGCGGAAUCGCUCUUCGUCGAGUCUCUCGGCUACCAGAUGGGCUUUGUUCGCUGCUCCAAGGUGCCUAGAGAGCGGUCUGCAAAAUCGAUCGCACAUUUUCAGCGAGAGAUGGCCGUUCGUGCCCUGGCUGCACCAGUUCUGGCUCCCUCGGCUAGACCGCGGCUGCCGGCAAGCUCUUCUUCUCCCUCGGCGACUCCACUGCUCGACUUAGAGAACGCCGAGAAGCAGAAAUGGGCUAAGCGCCUGAAGGCGAUCGCCGAUCGGGCCGGCGAACAUGCUCGGCCCGAAGGGGUCCACGAUGCUGAAGGGAUCCUUUCAGAAGAGGAACGUGCUCGCCUUCGGUUGUUGGUUUUCACCUCAGGGGCGCCUUCUACCAUGGCAAACCACAUUCGAAGGUUCGAGAAGUUCGAGCUGUGGGCUCGGCACGUGAUCAACCUCAAGCUCCCUUCCAUCGAGACGGCGGAGCUCAAGGCACUCGAGAAGGAGAUCUUCACGCAGCGAGGGCGGCCGCUGAAGGAAGCGAUCGCUUUCCCGCUCGAGCUGGUCCAAGCGAUGGAGCGCUUUGUCGCCAACGAAGCUCACCCUACCAAGACUGAGAGAAAGCGGCGCGGCACCAAGUUCAUGGUGCCGGACGUUGCCUUCUCGAAAGUGGCUUGGUUCAAGAUCGGAAGUGACUUGUUCGACGCGCAAUUCCCGCUCGUGGAACGCGACUUCUGGAUUCCCGAGCUCGACACAAAGGAUCGCUGGCGCCAGACUCCCCCUGACUACGCUCGUUCUCUCCAGUGGCUCCACCACUUGGUCUGGCUCGCAGGGUCCUCUCUUCCAGCCAAGAUGAUCAAAGAGCUGGUGCAGGAGGUCUCGCGUGAGUUCGUGCCCCUUUGUGCUCAAGAAGAUGACACGAUCGAGGACGCAGAGGACAGAGAUCUUUCCUUGACUGAGUUCUUUGUCAAGGUCGAGCGCGAGUUCGCUACUCCUCCGAAGCGGCCUCGCUCGAGGUCCCCGCCGCCAACGCCCCCGAAGAAUGAGGCCAAGACUCGCAAGAAUCGCGCUCGCCGGCAGAAAGAGAAGGAGUUGCUCAAACAAGCUCGUGCAGAGCGCGAUCGCGCUCGCGACCACGCCAAGCCGAACAAGCCUUCGGUGCCUAAGCUCACAGAGAAGGACAAGGUCGAUCGCGACACGCGGGUCCCAGAGAAGGAAUGGAAGAAGAUCAUGUCCUUCUCUUACACUGGAGCUCGCCGCUGCCCAUGGUUCAACUGCUCGCUCGGCUGUCGUUUCGGCGACCAGUGCAAGAACAAGCAUAUCUGCGUGCAGUGCGGGGGUGAUCCGGACACAAUCCGCGAGCUCGGGCCCUGGUGCCUGGAGAUCUUUGCCGGGUCUGCUGGUCUCACUGCGGCCUGGAAGCGUCACGGUCUUAAGACCUUGCCGCCGAUCGACAAGUGCACAUCUGAGCUCGUUCUCGAGGCGAUCGACUUGUUGGACGCACAGGUCUUUGAAUGGCUGCUCUUGCUGUGCCGUAUGGGGGCGAUCGUCUAUCUGCACUUGGGCGUUCCCUGCGCCACGUUCAGUGUGGCUCGGGAUCGGCCCGGAGGACCUCCUCCCCUGCGAUCGCAAGCGUUGCCACUUGGCCUCAGCGUUCUCAAGCGGCACCAUCAGGCGCAGCUCUUCGAAGCCAAUGAGCUCUUGUACCGAUCUCUUCUUCUUUUCGAGGCUGUGAUCCAAGCAGGUGGAGAUGCUUCGAUCGAGAACCCCAGGGAUAGUCUGAUCUGGCAGGUCCCUCAGGUUCAGCAGCUCAAAGUUCGUCUUCACCUCUACAACGUCGAUUUCGAUCAGUGCGAGUAUGGAUCGCCUCACCGGAAGCCUACUCGGCUCUUGGUCAGUCAUGCUGCUCUUCUUGCUCUUGCACGUGCCUGCUCAGGUGAACACGUUCAUGUGCCUCUUCGCGGCCUCACCAGGUCGGACACCGGCAAGAAGAUCUUCAAGACUAAGGCGGCUCAGGUCUACCCCUCGGAGCUCUGCGCUGCCUGGGCGAUCGCCGUGACUGCAAUCGUUCAGAGGUCGGCCCAGCAGUUCGCCGCCUCCUUUGCUCUCACGGCUCCGUCAGCAGAACGCAAGCGAUCUUUGGGAUCUCAGAUCUCUUGGAAAGGCCAUCGCCAAGCCGCUGCCGCUCGGCUGGCGGCGGCAGGUGGCUAUCAGCUCAAACGUGGUGCCGCCAAGCCGUUGCUCGACGUGGAGUGUGAGCCAGGUCAAGCCAUCCAAUGGUCUCUUCAGGUCCGGCAUCCGUUUACUGUUCAGCCAGCGCUCCCCGACAAGAUCGUCGACAACAUCAAGUUCAUUGUCUCCUCUCCACAGGCGCUCGUGGCUCGCCGUUCUGAGCGCCUUCAAUUUUGGCAGCAGCGCGCGCUCGCGCUGCUUCCGGAGACCGAUCGCAUUUUGCGCUCUAUUGCCGACGCUCCUCUUCGUCGGCUUCUUCGGGGUGCUCCGGAUUAUGCUGAUCUGCAGCUGGGCUCUUGCACGCAUGUGGCGCUCUACGACGAGCUCUUCGCAUCCAUUGGCUGCGCAGAUCAUGAAAUUCUCCAAGGCAUUCGCGGCGGCUUCCCGAUCGUCGGCGAAAUCCAGCGUUCGGGUGGGGAGGUUGCUCGGAUUUCGAACGAAGGGAAUUUGUUCGAGAUGCUCUCGCGUCUGGUGUCCCGGGAAGGGUUCGCCGGUAGCCUCAACAGGUCACUCAAAAUGAAUUCGACCACCAACUUCGGCUGCCCUGCCGGAGCUGCCAACAUCUUCGCCUGUGUUGAGACAGCACCUUUCGACAAGCGGGACCGAAGCUACGACGACAGAGAUGCAGACCGUCCCGUGGACGUGACAGCCGUGACCGACGAAGCGACCGACGCGAUGACCGUGGGUCUCGCUACGACCGUGAUCGCAGCCCUCGACGGGCCUUCGGACCAGGUGGAAGGCCCAGCGGCAACUGGGGCGGAGUGCCUUGACCAAUCAUGGCCACUGGUGGGAGGUGGUGGCGGCAUGGUGGGUCUUGCGCGUGGCAUGGCAUGUGUGGAAUCGCAUGGUGUGGAUGGUGUGGGUUUGGCUGGUGCCGGAAGGUCCUGGAUGUUUGCGGUCGCUUAA